CAAAAAUAAUGAAGGAGGAAAGAAAAAAUCAAAAAUAGCUCCACAAUUAUCUUCACCAACAAAGACCGACCUUGAGAAGCUUCCUCUCAUCGAGGUUCGACACUUGGCUGAUAUAGCCAUUGGAUUCAAAGAACAUAGACUACAGUGGGAGCAGUUCGAGUACUUAGAAGACAGUGUUCUCGAGCACUGUCUCUCAAAAAUUGCUCGAGGUAGGUACCUUCUCGAUUAUUCUGUGGAAGUAAUCCAGUGGGCCGUUACGGCAAUGGCCACAAACAAAAUUUUAGCAGCCUAUGCAGUAACGCUCGGUUUGCCUAAAUUGAAUAAUAUGAGAUUUCAAACAAUUAAAAAGUUGCACGCUGACUCCUUUGAGGCUUACAUCAGGGCUUACUACCUUUUUUGUAGGGAAAAACCAACUUGUAUAUAUCUAUAUAAGUUAAUGGUGCCCCUGUUUGACCUAUUCAUCCGAGAAGCGACAGCGUAUAAUUUAAAUCAUUUGUAUAAUAUUGCAGCUGGUUAUUUUUCGAUGUUGUGGAUUGGUGAAGAGGGUCGUCUUUAUGAUGAAUAA